AUGCAAGGCUCUUUUUUAGAGAAGGAAGCUCUAGCUGACAUCUUUAGUCAAAUAAAAGGUGUAGAUGAGCAAAUUUUUGGUGUCAUUUUAGAAAAAUUAAGAAAGGAAAAAGUUUAAGGCAUCAUUGGAUAUCUUUCUGAUAAGGGGACUCAAAGCCAAUUAGAAUCAUGUAUCUUAAAAAAAGGAGUCUUUAUCACCCAGGCUGAUAAAGAAUAGAAAUUGUCUGUAGUUAGAAAUGAUAUCAUAUAAAUCACAGAAGUCUUAAGAAAAUUAAAAGACCAUGACUUCAAUAAGAUAAACUAUUCCUCUGAAGAAAAUUUAGAAUCUUCAUUAAAUCUAAUUAAUAGCGUCAAGGAUAAUAAAUAGAUCAUCGAAUUUCUUUAAUUUUUAGUUCAACUUACAUCUAUUGAUAACUCUCUAAUAUAAUGCGGGUCUAAUUCAUUACAUAUAUUAGUUUAUAUGAGGGUGGACCUUAGAAAUAAAUGUUUUGAAAAUAUCAGGAUCAAGAAUACUUCUAUAAUUAGAGGUAAUUUUGUUGGAUUUAAUUUCAAUGGAUCUGAAUUUGAUAAUCUGUUCGAUUGUAAAUUGAAGAACAUUGAAAUCCAUGAAUUGAAUAAAUUUGAUGGUCAUGCAAGCACUGUCUACUCAGUAUGUUUCUCACCUGAUGGAAAUACAUUAGCAUCUGGUAGCGAAGAUAAGUCUAUCCGUUUAUGGGAUGUCAAAACAGGGUAAUAAAAAGACAAACUAGAUAGUCAUACUAGCACUAUCUACUCAAUAUUUUUCUCUCCUGAUGGAAAUACAUUAGCAUGUAAUGAAGAUAAGUCUAUCCGUCUAUGGGAUGUCAAAACAGGAUAAUAAAAAGCCAAAUUAGAUGGUCAUGAUAAUUGGGUAAGAUCAGUCUGUUUCUCUCCUGAUGGAAAUAUAUUAGCUUCUGGUAGUGAUGAUAAGUCUAUCCGUCUAUGGGAUGUCAAAACAGGAUAAUAAAAAGCCAAAUUAGAUGGUCAUACUAGUACUGUCUACUCAGUCUGUUUCUCUCCUGAUGGAAAUACAUUAGCUUCUGGUAGUGAUGAUAAGUCUAUCCGUCUAUGGGAUGUCAAAACAGGAUAAUAAAAAGCCAAAUUAGAUGGUCAUACUAGUACUGUCUACUCAGUCUGUUUCUCUCCUGAUGGAAAUACAUUAGCUUCUGGUAGUGAUGAUAAGUCUAUCCGUCUAUGGGAUGUCAAAACAGGAUAAUAAAAAGCCAAAUUAGAUGGUCAUACUAGUACUGUCUACUCAGUCUGUUUCUCUCCUGAUGGAAAUACAUUAGCUUCUGGUAGUGAUGAUAAGUCUAUCCGUCUAUGGGAUGUCAAAACAGGAUAAUAAAAAGCCAAAUUAGAUGGUCAUAGUAAUUAUGUCAACUCAGUCUGUUUCUCUCCUGAUGGAAAUACAUUAGCUUCUGGUAGUGAUGAUAAGUCUAUCCGUCUAUGGGAUGUCAAAACAGGAUAAUAAAAAGCCAAAUUAGAUGGUCAUGAUAAUUGGGUAAGAUCAGUCUGUUUCUCUCCUGAUGGAAAUAUAUUAGCUUCUGGUAGUGAUGAUAAGUCUAUCCGUCUAUGGGAUGUCAAAACAGGAUAAUAAAAAGCCAAAUUAGAUGGUCAUAGUAACUAUGUUAUGUCAGUCUGUUUCUCUCCUGAUGGAAAUAUAUUAGCUUCUAGCAGUAGUGAUAACUCUAUCCGUCUAUGGGAUGUUAAAACAGGAUAAGAAAUUAAAUCCUCUGAUAAAAACUACAAAGAUAUUCUUGCAUAAUUUAAGAUUCCACUCUAAUAACAUAACCAUAUUUCGGAAAUUAGUAUUUAUCUCCUAUCAUAUUUUUAUCCUAAAAUUACAUCACUACACUACUUAUAUCCCAAGAAGCAAUAUUUCAAGCCAAAGGAGCUGUAAUUCUGAAAGGAGAGUUUAUCAAUCAAUCAGGUAUAGACUUAAAGACAUUGUUUAAACAAAAGGGUAG